UUCAAGAGCGUUUAGAGAUGAGCCGUGGCCACUCAGUGACCACAACACCCUCUUCCUGAUAGGGUCGUCGACUCUUUGACACCCUGUCGACUCGGCUGAGGUGGGCGGCAGAGACCAUGGAUGGAGGGCAUCAUGGAGAUUCCUGGACCCCAUUCGUGGGCCCUGGGCGUGGAGCAUCUGACAAGCCUCUGUUUGUCAAGCUGGAGAAAGCGUCAAGUGUUUUGGAUGAAGCUUGCACCAAUUACCCACAGGUUCCACAACAGAAAAUACGCCCCCAUUCCCUUGCUUCCAGUUGCGAACGACCAUGUCUCGGCCAUCAACUCGGGCACGUUCCGCCAUCGCGAACGUCAACCGCAGCACCGCCGAUUACCACCAGAGCCUCCUUCAAGUCGAGAUUGAACGCCAAAGCCACGACCGGCCGCCGCAUUUGCAACUGCGCGGUGCAACCUCGGUCCCAAUUACAUCCACAUCGUUAUCAUGCACUUCGGACAACAGUAUCAGACUAGCGAGGAAGGCUUCAGGACAAAAGAAACUGUCGCGCGACAGGUGCACGCAGCUCUCCCGCCAGGAACUCGACGAGUUCGAGGCACUCCCACUGGCCAUAAGACGCAAAUAUUUCUCCACCUUGGAACGCUUGCGUUUCGCCAAAACUUCUGACCACAUCUACGACGACAACUACAACGAAGACGAUAGGCUCGACGGCAAGGUUUUCCUCAACGCCGAACCGCACAGGGACAGUCAAGGCAGCACCAGGUCGGAUACGCUUGUCCGCCAAUCCACCUACCCACCUUUGUAUCGGGAUCAGGCUGCUUCCGACACCUUCCUUCCUUUGAACCUUUCACACCCCAACCUCAAGCAGCAUCACCUCACCAGAGACGAACAAGUCGCGCUGGCCAGGCAAUUGAGAGCGAGUGUCAUCUUGGAUGCGGCAGACGAAGCAAUUGGACGUGCAACCAGGCAAUUGAGUACGGCUUAUACGCCGAGCUUGUCAUCCACACGUCCCAGUAUGGAAUCUCCUACGCCUGAAUUCCAGCAACCUCAGAUCAAGAACAAACGCGAUUCCCUUCACGAUGCCUUUAGGUGGCUCGAUGAAGACGAGGACCUCGACCUCAGCCUGUUUCUCGAUGACUAUCAUGCCAACUUGAGGGAAGCUUUGCCGUUGCCCACCAAAGAUAAUCGCCCGUCAUUUCGCCGCCAUCUCUCCAUUACGAAGCUACCCUUUGGACGUUCGUCUAUCUCCACUAGUCGCCCGGCAACCCAAGAUGCUUCAUCGACUCCCACCUCGCCGACCCCGACCUCGGUCUCAUUUCCCCAACAUAUUCGCCGAAAAUCGCGAGCGCUUUCGCUUAUAGCACCGAAGCAUGCCACCCAGGAAGCGUUGGCCUCAUUCGACCCCGGCGCGGCCCAUUAUCAGGAUCCCGAGGCGCGGUUGAAGCUCCGAGUAUACCUGGCUUCACCCCAAAAGUUUGACGAGGCCAUUGAAUUCGGAUUUCCCUCCAACGACGCACUCACCGGGGUUCCCAAGUCAGCGCCGCACCCAGCAACGCGCCGUCAAUCGCGCCGUCAAUCGCGCCGAGAGCCGGACGACCCUGAAAGAUUCAAGACGUUUUUGGCAGACGAUGGUUCAUCCAUCUACAGCGACGAUAUGUCCGAGCCCGAUCCCGAGUCCCCCAAGACGCCUCUCACGCCGGAUAAGCUCACGAGAAGCGCUCGUUCCCUUGGACUGGUAAGCUCACAUUUGCCAAACACUGCGGAAAGCUAUGCGCAGGCACCAGCGUCCUCACGGGAAAUGACGCUGCGCAUGACGCUUACACGGCCUGACCUGCGGGCAUGCGAAGACCAUAUUUAUGGAUGGCAGAGAGGGCCCCAACGGCAUUCACGCCGGGUUUCACAACCCGACAAUGUGCCGAGGAAAUCCAUGUUCGUUGGCGAUAACAGCAAGCCCAAAGAGAACCUCGACAAAUUCUUUGCCAGCCUUGACGAUGAAGCUGCGCAUCACUCCACGACGGACGGCGGUGUGGUGAAGCGGUUCUGGAAUAAAGUACGGCGAAAUUAGCCACUUGCGAGAGGCCCAGCCUACACAAUAACAUACUUAUCCCAUGUCGUCACUGUACGGUGGCAUGAUGAGAAACCUUUUUACCCGUCUAUAUUGUCUGUUGCUUGUAUUAUACCACCUUCAAUUCUCUCGUCUCAUAGCUCCCUGUUUUAAGCAUGUCCCAUUUCACGUCUGAAGAACGGCUUGGAAGAUAUCAUUUGGAUUUUAGCGGCGUUUUCAUGUAUCAUUUUCUAUGUAUCUCAUCAUAUCAUUGCAUAGGAGCAUGGAGUUGGUGCGAGGGGACUGGAUCGUAACUCGAUUAACAAAGAAAUGUUGGUUUAUACUAGAGGCGGCGCACUGCGUCGAAUCGGACCGCAUCAAAAGUGUGUUAUCUUGUGGUAGAGAGGAAUGCAACGCCUAUCGGUUG